UUGUAAAUUUAGGAAAGUAUCUUCCAUUUUCAUCCUCUCUCAAUUUCCAUUCUGAGUUUUCUUCUAGAAAUUAUGUCUUCCGUUGUACAGUUUGCAUGCAUUUGCCUGUGAUCUCUUUGUUCGUGCUAACAGAUAGUGGAAUAACUAGGGAGUGAUGCAAAUUUAUGCUUCCGAUUCUCUUUUUGUCAACUUUAGAUUCCGUUUUAGCCUACUUGUGAUUUUCUUUGUCAGGUGUUAGGGCUCUUAGUUCUUGCAUUUUGUUUCUGCGUCUGCAAUCGCUUCAGUUCUGCGUCCAGGAUAAGGGGGGGAUUACUCUUCGAAAGAGAGAAGCCACGACUUAAAAGAAAAUGUGGAGCAUGGCUGCAUCAUUGGGUGGGGCAGUGCCCAUCACUGCCUACAGUCCAAACCCACCUCCUUCAUCCCCCAAGACAUUAUUAUUCCCUUGUCCCAUCCCCAUUUCCAAGCAGAAGCGGUUCCACUCUAGGCCCCUCCCCUUCACGUCCUCCUUCAACACAUCUGCAGUCGCCUCUGAUCACCUCCAGUCUGAUAAGCAAGAGAAAGAAGCCACCAAAUACCAUUUUGUGGUGGCAAACGCCAAAUUCAUGCUUGACGAAGAAGAGCACUUCCAGGAGCUAAUGUUUGAACGUCUUCGCAACUACGGAGAGCGUAGCAAGGAGCAGGACUUUUGGCUCGUGAUCGAGCCCAAGUUCCUCGAUAACUUCCCCAAUCUCACGAAGCGAUUAGCUCGCCCUGCAGUCGCUCUCGUUUCCACCAAUGCCCCUUGGAUAACGUUCAUGAAAUUGAGAUUGGAUCGCGUUCUAUGUGAUUGCUACGAGGCCACGUCUCUAGACGAGGCUUUGGCUUCAAAUCCCGCCACUCUAGAGUUUGGUCAGCCUAAGAAAUGGUCGGCCCCCUACCCAAAGUACGAAUUCGGUUGGUGGGAACCCUUCUUGCCCAAAGGAAUCCAAGAAUCUAAAGUGUAGAUCCUUUUUGGUUCCGAGUAGAAUCCUGGUUGCUUUGCUCCUCUUGAGGAGACCCUCUCUUUUUCCAUUUUCCUCCAUACUAUGUUGCCUUUGUCUCCAUGAUCAACUUUAAUGAUGGAGAGGUUGAGGGAGGAACAGAGAACGAUGUGUUGUUGUCAAAUGUCUGCUACAAGCCGUGCCUGUCUUUUAAGUCAUCUAUCAAUCUUGUGGCAUUACCUUGUCUAGUAUAUUGUAUACGUGAGAAAACAAAAAAUAUCGUUUUGGUCUUA